AUGAGCUGUUGGAGUGGGUUCUUCUGUCCCAUGGAAUGCAUCAAGAGAAGUCUUUUCCUAGUUUUCACCAUCUCUUUUACAAUAUAUUUGAUUUCCUAUUUUUAUACUUCUCCUUACCUUGCUGUUCAACCUAAAAGUAAUGAUCUUCACAUGGAAAGUGAAAAGAGUUUAUUUAGAAAAUUAUCUAUAAAUUUCAAACAAAUCUUGGGGAAACAAAAUGGAGAACUACCACCUGAAAAUGAGAAAUCUGGGAAUAAAGCCACGCCCACUCCAACACAGCUAUUUGCAUUCAUUAUCAACGAAGAAGAGAAGUGUAAAGAUAGAACACCUUUGUUGGUAUUGCUGAUAUCAACAACAGCAGCCGAGCUGCAGCACAGAAAAGCCAUCCGGGAGAGCUGGGCGAGCGAAGCCGCGGUUCCCGGCGCGGACAUUGUUCGGCUGUUCAUGCUGGGCAGCGACCCCAGGGGUGACAAAGGGGAUGUUCUGCUGAGAGAAAGUGAGCAGUAUCAUGACAUCAUCCAGCAGGACUUCAUGGACACUUACAACAACUUAACUCUUAAAACUCUGAUGGGCAUGAGCUGGGUGGCCACCUACUGCAGUGGCACGAGGUUUGCUAUGAAGACAGACAGUGAUGUUUUUGUCAACACGAUGCACUUGAUUGAAAAGCUCCUCAGGCCUCUCCCACCUCCCACACAGAAUUAUUUCACAGGCCAUUUAAUGACAGGGCACAGCCCUAUUCGGAAUAAAGCCAGUAAAUGGUACAUAUCAGAAGAAGAAUUCCCAGAAAACAAAUACCACCCUUUCUGUUCAGGAACUGGCUACGUGUUUUCUGGAGACCUGGCUGCAAAAAUUGUAGAUGCUUCUUUAAUGAUUAAAUUUAUACAUUUGGAAGAUGUUUACGUAGGGUUUUGUCUUAAUGCAAAGGGAGUAGAAAUAGCACCAUCUCCUAAAUCGCUGUUUAACAUACACAAGGUUCCAUUUUCUCCUUGUGUGUACAAUGAGUUAAUUACAUCUCAUCACAUUGAGCCACAUGAGCACAUACUCUAUUGGGAAACACUGCAAGAGAAGAAACACACAUGUCAGGAAAGAAAGGUCCAUCCUGGAGCAUCCUAGGAACUUGCUUUGACAAUGGGCAAAGCAGCAGAUGUUUUCUUAGUAGCAACAGCACACCUGUGUAAUGAUAACUUUCAAGGUCCACGGACAUCCUGAAUCAGGUGCCUAGGUUUUGUAUUAGGUUGAAUUCAAAUGAUUUUUCCUCCAUAAAGAAGCCUUUCUCUGUUGAGUGAAUUCUGAUUUACCUUAUUUAGUUUUGGAUGAAGCAUCAAUUAAUUUUUAAAGCCAGCAAGAGACCAUAUCAACCCUACUGAAGAAAAAGCAAAGACAAUGCAAUAAAACUUGUUCUUUCUUUAAAAAUGAAUAAAUUAAUGUGUUAAUUUCAUACUGCUCGAUGUAAUUUGCCUAUGUACCAUUAAAUGUACUCAUGUGGCAUUCCAGUGUGACCGAAGAAGGAAGCAUACAAGAUAUCCUGUGCUGGGGAAUUAGUGCCGGAAAUGUGGGCAGAAACUGCAUCUUCAGAAAAUCUAACAUUAGCAUUUCCCAGAUCUCAGUGCACAGAGUGGCUACUACUCUCUGUGGUUAUAUAUACAUAGAAAACCUCACACACAAGAUACCACUUAUUUGUUAUCAUGGAGAUGUAAU